ACGUAACCCUAACCUAAAAAAAAAGUAAAUAAAUUGCAAGUAAUCAAAUAUUCUGGCAAAUACUCAACGUAAUGUAGAUAUGGAAAACCCUUUCGCUGCUUUACUUCAAGAUACAAACUCGCCACCACUAAAUACCACCAGCGAUGAAAGGGCGACGACAGAAACUCUCGAGGAGACAUUCGGAUUUACGCUGAACAAAGAUCGAAGGGGCUCCCUAAUCUUUUUGGAAGAUUUAUCCGCUUCCUUUCCUAGCGGCGUAUUAAACGUCGAAGUUCUCGAACAUGCCCUAUUCGAACGUCUCCUACUGACGAAUUCGCAGGACGUCGGCGAAGCGGAAGUGUUCGUUUACCUCUUCCAUUGCUUUAAGAAAACCUCAGCGAUUAGCGAUGUCGGUCUGCGAGAGAAAGUCGAGGCGCUCAUAUUACGUAACGCUGUCACCGCAUUGAAACAGGAACUUAAGGAGCUAUUCGAAGGACAAGACUUGGUAAAACAAUUCUACGAGAUAUUGAAGACGUUGGAAUUACCGGCGCGUGACUUCUUUGAGAAGAUUUACAAACGUUUUUGUGACGAUGGCGACACGGCCGGGACUAAGGAACCCUUUACGAUGCUAUUAAAAUUGCUUCAUAUCGAUAUUGCUAGGGCCACUCCUGUUAGUUUCCCCGUGUUUGUUUUUGAGAUACUUAACUCUUAUGUUAGUGACGAAUUUUUGGCUGGAAUUCUCUUGGAUUACUGUCAGCCGCCGUCCGAGGUGGGGAUCGAGUAUGCCAAUACGUUAUUAGGUGCAGUUUUCAGCGUGUCAGUAUUACCGAAAGUGAUCAGCGGAUCUUAUGAGUUUUUCCAAGAUCCUCUCGAUCAGGCCAGUAAUGCAGCGGUACAAAGCUCCCUGUGGAUGAAUACGAAUCAUAUUUUCCAAGAUAUGCACGCUUUUUUGCUCAAUCUGUUGAAGUGCGGACGGGAGAUACGGAUGCGCACGUUAACGUGGCUCUGUAAUUGCUUAAAGGCAAACGUCGACCGCGGAAAACUGUGGAACGCCCACGUUCCCGAUUUCAACCUAUCCAAUGGGAAUACGGUGACCGACGGUUUUAUGCUUAAUAUUACGACUGUUCUGUUGCGAUUGUGCCACCCGUUUUGCGUCAAUAUAAAAGACGGGCGCAUUUUGAAGGUCGACCCUACGUAUUGCGCUGUUUCUAAUGAAGAUGCGCUCGCCAAAGAUGUUCAUUUGCUCGACAUGUCUAAGGAAACGUCUCUCAUUCCGCACGAUAGCGAGCAAGAGGAACGACCUGCAAGCUCGUCUUAUAACUUCGUUACGGAGUGCUUCUUUAUGGCACAUCGCAGUUUUGAUUUAAGUUUUCGUGUUACAAAUGACAAAUUGGUGCAUCUUAAUCAGGAAAUGUCAAGGAUCGAACGCGCCUACCAGGAUGUACUCUCGCAGGGUCCGAUGAGCGAAAUAGCCGACAGUAUUAAGCAAAGGAUGGCGUCCGAAUUAUCAAAAUACCUGUCGAUUAAGUGCGCAAUGUCCGAGCCGCAUUUUCAAGAAUCGCUCUUCAAUUUUAUGUCGGCGUCUGCGUUUUGGUUGAGUCAAGUCGCCGUGAGUGCGAGUUACAAAUCAAAUCGUGCCACUAGCGCCCCCAUAGAGGCGAAGGAGAUUGUGUUCCCACUGCCGGCCGAAGUGCCCGACACGUUAAAGUGUAUUCCCGAAUUCGUUCUAGAAAAUAUUGUAUGUUUUUUGGUGUUUUUGCGGCGAUUUAAUCCGAAAGUGUUCGAAGAGCAGGGUUACGAGCGGCUGAGUCCGAUUUUAACAUUUAUUUUGGUCUACAUGGGCUCGGCGCAGUACACCAAAAAUCCGCACCUGCGCGCGCAUUUGGCCGAGGCCUUGGAGACUCUUUUGCCUUAUCAUAAGGAGGAUCCGGUUGGUUUGAAUACGUUGGGGGGCAUUCAAAGGGAGAGGCUGUUUAAGGAGCAUCCGCACCGAGGAGAGAUUGUCGCGAUAUUGUUAGAUGUUUUUGUUGGUAUCGAGAUGACGGGGCAGAACGUGCAGUUUGAGCAGAAAUUUAAUUACCGCAGGCCAAUGUAUUUGGUUAUGGACUAUUUGUGGGCGAUGGAAGAAUAUCGACUGAACUUUGUCAACCUCGCGCAAGAAGCCGAACUCAACAUGGAGGCCGUUUCGCCGCCGAUUUUUUUACGUUUUAUCAAUUUGUUAAUAAACGACGCUAUUUUUUUGUUGGACGAGUCCUUAUCCAAUAUGGCUAAAUUGAGAGAAUUGCAAAGAGCGAGAGAUGCGGGUGAAUGGGGUAAUCUACCACCUCAAGAACGCGCGCAGAAUAUGGGCAAUUUACAACACACCGGAAUGCUGGCGCGCUUCGACAACAUCCUGGGCAAAGACACAAUUCGAACCCUCGAGUAUCUGACCUCGGAAAUAAAAAUGGUUUUCACUCACAGUACCAUGGUCGACCGCGUUGCGGCGAUGCUCAACUAUUUCCUACUGAACUUGGUCGGACCGAAUCAAAAAAACUUUAAGGUUAAGGACUUUAAGGAAUACAGUUUCGAUCCGGCCGCCACCGUCUUGGAUAUUUGUAAAAUUUACGUCAACCUGAAGGAAAGCGACUCGUUUUGCCUCGCGAUCUCGCAGGACGGUCGCUCGUACAGUCCCCAACUGUUCGAAUUGGCCGAAGUCGUACUGGUGAGAAUCGGUGGAGGGACGUUAAUCGGCGAGCUGCAGGACGUCUCGAAGAAAGUCGAGCGGAAGGCCGCCGAGUACAAGAAGCACGAAAUUGCGGUCGCCGAGGCGCCCGACCAGUUCCUGGAUCCGAUCAUGUCGACGUUAAUGUCGGACCCGGUCAUAUUGCCGAGCUCGAGGCAGACCGUCGAUCGGUCGACAAUUGCAAGGCAUUUGCUUAGUGAUCAAACGGACCCGUUCAAUCGGGCGCCGUUGUCAAUGGACCAAGUCAUUCCAAAUAAAGAAUUAGCUGGUGAAAUUAAGAAAUGGUUGGAUGAGAAGAAAUUGAAAUUAUAAGUUAUGUUACUUUCAGUUGUUUAUUGUUAUUGUUUUUUUCAUAGUUUUACACGCUAGCUGGAUUGGUAAAAUAAAUGAAUUAUUUUCUACCUUCA